UUCAUUAGAGAAGCUAUGCAAUUGGACUCCGAUGACAGCGAUAAAGAGGAAAUACUUUUAGGAUUGGCCAGAUUGGGCGAGAAAGCUGCAUCGUUGCCUAUCAAGAGAGCCAAGCGGCAAUGGAUAAAGGAAUGGAGGAAAAAUAGGUGCGAUCGCGGCUCGUUCGCCUUUUUAAACAAAGAAUUGCUGGUACACGAUGAGCAAAGCUACAGGAACUUCCUACGAGUAUCAAAAUCUCAAUUUGAUUAUUUGCUGUCGCUAAUAGCGAAUGAAAUACAACGCUCUGAUUCGACUAUGAGAGCCGCGAUUCCCGCAGCAGAAAAAUUAGCAUUGACGCUGCGAUUUCUCAGCACUGGAGAGUCUUACGUGAGUUUGGAUUACCAGACCCGUUUAUCCAAAUCUUCAAUUUCCAGUAUAGUUCCUGAGGUAUGCAGUGCCCUUUAUAACAAAUUGAAAUCGUCGUAUUUAAAGUUUCCAAACAGCAAUUCAGAAUGGGAGGCCAUUGCAAAAGAAUUUGCAGUUAAAUGGCAAUUCCCCAACUGCAUUGGCGCGUUAGAUGGUAAGCAUAUAACUUUUCGUCCAUCACGUUCUGAAGGAGCUUUCUAUUACAAUUAUAAAGGGACUAGAAGUAUAAUUUUACUAGCCCUGAUGGAUGCUAAUUCCAAAUUUAUUUUCGUGGACGUUGGUUGUAACGGUCGCAGUAACGAUGCUGGAGUAUUUCUGCAAAGCAAAUUAAGGGAUGUUCUGCAAGAAGAGAAGGAAAUACCAAAAGCUGCUUCAAUAGGAAACGAUCGACGCCUACCGUACGUCGUAGUCGGAGACGAUGCAUUUCCUCUGCAGAUGCAUUUAAUGAAGCCAUAUCCCUACCACACGCAAUGCCAGGAAAAACAAGUUUUUAAUCAAAGACUCUCUCAUGCAAGGCAUGUGGUGGAACAUGCAUUUGGAAUUUUAUCCAAUAGAUUUCGCGUCCUUCUAGCUCCGAUAAAUCUGAAAGUGGCCACUGUAGAGAAAAUUGUAUUGACGUGUUGUGCUUUACACAAUUAUUUAAUCGAAAAUGGCGAAAUGUUCACUGAUGAGAGAGUAAACGCAGAAACUGUAAAUAAUAACCACUCAACUGAUUCCGAUGUAUUCUACAAUCCGCGAAAAGGUGCAGCAGAGAACGUACGUGAACAGUUUCUCAAAUAUUUUAAUGAAGAAGGCAAACUGGAUUGGUUACAUAAUAAAUAAUUUGUUUUUAUUUAUAUAUAUGUAAACAUUAGUCUUUGUUUUUUGAUA